GCGAGCACGCCGGCCAAUCGGUGAGCUCGGCCGUCAGACGCCGCCAAGCUUGUGCGGGGGAGAGCGAGCCGUGGAGAGCGCGAGCGAGCCUGACAGGGCGACUGUUAAAGGGCCGGCGCUCUGGGUGCCUGUUGGGAUUAUAAACCGGGCCUUGGAAGCAGCGCUGCCUACCUCGACCCCAGGGGCCUCUGGAGACCAUUGCUGCCAGCUGGGAAGUGCGCACACAGCACUUGUCACUGCUGGAGAGGCCACUGUUCAUUUUAAAAAAUGGAUCACUGAAUGUCUUGCUGUAGCAAAAAUAGCAGCUGCUAAUAAGCAACUGUUUCCCCUCUUCUUUACUGCUGAAGAACAUAAAUUAUCUCCUCCUUCCAACAGUCAAUCCAACAAGUGGUCUCUCAUAUGCCUUUAUAAUUUCAAGACUUUUGAGGAUAGGCUGGUGACCUACAGAGAUUGCCCAAUCAGUCCACCGGUGUGGGGGGGUGGACCUAGAGAGCUGCUGCUGGGAAUUCUGGGAACAAGAAAGGGAGUUCUGUGCUGGAGGAGCAAGGGGACAUGUGGCAAUGGAGUUUGUUGCAACAGGAUGAAUGCAGCUCCUGGAAGACAGAACUGCAGGGGCUUGAUUCUCAACAGGAAUUUGAAAAUAUUCCCAAAAUUGUGCUACCAGUGUCUACUACCAACUAAGAUUUUGCCAAAAACAUUAGCACCAAUAAAUGUGAAUGCUGGACCCCAAAUGAUUAUAAGCACACCGCAAAGACUGACCAGUUCAGGGAAUAUUCUGAUUAGGAAUCCAUAUACCACAGCGCCAGCCAUGGUCACUCAGACACAUAUAACAGAAACCAGUAGCUGGGUCCCAGGGGAAAGAAAACGACCUCGAGACUUCAUGGAAUCAGAAUUUUCAGAAAGUAAAAGAAACAAAAAAGGAGAUAAGAAUGGAAAGGGUCUGAGACAUUUUUCAAUGAAAGUAUGUGAAAAGGUCCAGCGUAAAGGAACAACAUCUUAUAAUGAAGUAGCAGAUGAACUGGUAUCAGAGUUUGCAAAUUCAAAUAGCCACUUAACUACAGAUUCACAGGCUUAUGAUCAGAAGAAUAUUAGGCGGAGAGUUUAUGAUGCCCUCAAUGUGUUAAUGGCGAUGAACAUUAUUUCAAAGGAGAAAAAAGAAAUCAAGUGGAUAGGUCUUCCUACAAACUCGGCUCAGGAAUGUCAAAACCUAGAAAUAGAGAAGCAACGACGUAUAGAACGAAUAAAGCAGAAGAGAGCUCAGCUACAAGAGCUAUUACUGCAGCAAAUUUCUUUCAAAAAUUUGGUACAAAGAAAUCAACAAAGUGAACAUCAAACUCAGGGCCCUCCAGUUCUGAAUUCUACAAUACAACUGCCUUUUCUAAUAAUAAACACAAGCAAAAGAACAAUUAUAGACUGCAGCAUCUCUCCGGACAAAUUUGAAUAUCUCUUCAAUUUUGAUAAUACUUUUGAGAUUCAUGAUGACACUGAAGUCUUGAAGAGAAUGGGAAUGUCACUUGGCCUAGAGGCAGGGAGAUGCUCAUCAGAAGACCUAAGGACUGCUAAAUCACUGGUGCCUAAAGCUUUGGAAAGCUAUAUUACAGAAAUGUCUACAGGAAUUUCUUGGGUGAACCAGGGACUAGUCUCAGCUCAGGCAGGUUCAGCUUUGGAUACAGCUAGAGACAUUGUUAUUUUUAAGUCAAGUGGAAAUCCAGGGCUGUGUUUAGAUGCUGAAGUGGCCUUAGCAACAGGGCAACUGCUGGCCCCAAGCAGUCAACAGUCCAGCAGUGCAACAUCGCACUACUCAGAGUCGCGUGGUGAAACUCCCUGCUCAUUUAAUGAUGACGAUGAAGAUGAUGAAGAUGACUCGUCUUCACCAGAGUAAAGAUAUGCUAGCCACAUGAAAUGCUGCUCUUGUGCACUAUUAGUAUGAACUUAUGUUCUUUAUGUAGUGCUGGUAUACUUUUUGCCCCAUGUAUUUGCUGAUAUCUGGGAAAGAUUCAAAACCAAGUGCAAGGACUGUAUUACAGAGGAAGUAAUACAGGGCAUGAUCCAGUGCUUCAAUCUAUGUGCUUGCAAAUGGACUCUCUGGGAUGACACUGGUGGUGUUGCUAAUACCUGUAUGGGUUAUUUCCCUCUUCCCUCCACUACAGGCCCAAUAUGCUAAGCAUGUAAUGACAAAGCAGACUAAGAACCAGCAAUGAUGAGUCUUCUGUACCUCUCAACAGGACAUCCAUUUUCCCUUGUGCACCUCCUCAGACUGAAGGGAGGCUCUAAAUGGAGCCAAGCAGCAACGUUCGCUUGUGGGGUGUGUGUGCGUACGUGUCAGUCAGUCAUCGCUGGGGAGGUUCCUAGCUGAGGAAGUAUCUGGAAGGAAAGCCUCAUAGGAAGGGACCUCCUGGGCCAUGCUGUUUCACCAUACUUGCUGAAUCCAGGGUGACUAUUUGAGCCAAUCUACCUGGCUCCCUGUUAGCCUCUGCACAUCCCUGUUAGCCUCUGCACAUAAGAUCUGCACAUCUUAGUCCCAAGUAAGGGCUGUAACACAUACCAGUUUUAGGUUUCAGACAGGUUUGUCACAUGGCCACUGUGCAACUGCAAACUUGUCCUGGGCCCACAUGCAGAAUGGCUGCAUGGGUCCAAAGUUCUUUCCCUGUACAACCAAGCAAAGACUGCCUUAUUUUUAUGCUCAAGUUUGGUUUUCUGUAUGGGAUGUUGCUUCCUGCCUUGUCCCCUCUCUCCCCAUUUAUCCCAUAAGAUGUCUCAUCCCUGGGCAGUUUUCUGUUUUGUUUUCUACAAAAGAACAUAGCAACCAUGUCUGUCAAGACUAUGACAGGGAGACUAUUGGUAUAUAUGUUCUAUUCUAAUCUUCUUGCUGGGGACAAAAUAUAAAUUCAUUGAGGCAAAUGUGUUUUGAGCUUGCAGCUUCCAUUUUAACUACUCUAAAUUUAGUAUUUCAACAAUUAGUGUUUUCCCCUUAUUAUUAAGCACUGGAAACAAUAUUCAUAAUUUCUAUACAGCUGCUAGUUUUUAAGAUGGAAAUUAAGAAAGUACAUUGGAAGUUGUAAACAGAGAAGUACUACAUAUUAAAAUUUUAAUUGGUCUGUGAAAUGUCCUAGUUUUUAUAAACUAAAAAGGUGAUUGGAGAAAAGGAAUUUAAAUUUUAGCAAGACUAUAAUCUUGUAUGUCAUAGAUCUUUAAAUUAAGGGUAUUAAAUCCAAACUAUCAGUUGACAGAUGAGGAAUUUAUUCCAAAAGAGUGAGUUCAACUUCCAAAUGUUGAACAUGAGACCCAUGAAGUACUUCAAAUACAAAAAACAAAAUACAGCUGUUUUCAAAAGGCUGGAAGAGGAUUUUAAAAAAAAUAAAAUCCUGAUGUCAGGUUCUUAAAGUGAUUCAUACAGACAUUUCUAGUUGUUUGUCUCUGCAUAUCAUGCAGUGCUAAUAGAGAAGGAAACUCCAGUGGCUUGGGACUAACAUCAUGGAAAAAUAUCACUCACUUGAUGCAUAAUAACCAUAACCCAGGGAGCAUUUUUUAAGGUGUAAUCUGAAUUAUGCAAAUUUGAUUCCUUUGUUUUUAAAUUGAAGCACUUUGAGCCAAAACUGUAGUGAUCUAGUUCUGAAAAAUUUUGAGAAAUAUAUUUUUAGCUUGAGAUUCUAUAUACUGCUUUUAUCACAGAAUGAUUUUUUACCUAUGAGUAUUAAAAUCCAAAUGAUCAACUCUUUGGAAGCAUUUUUCAUUUUAGGGUUAUGUUGCAACCUGGGAACUAACAGGAGCCUUGUUCCAAUUUCUAAAAUUUUUUACUCUGAGAGAUUUGGCAAACAAUUAGGCAGUCUUUCAUACAUCCCAGUUUCUGCAGCAGUCAAAUGCAAGACUUCACCAAGCACAUGGCACAGAGCUCUGAAUAGAACUUUCACUGGACAUGACCUUACUGUGUCAGAAUGCUGGUCAAAUGAGGGAGAGAUGCUGAGAUCCUUAAUUCAAAGCAUCAACCUAUGGUAGAAUAAAAGCGAAGUCAUGUAUGCCUUUGCUGGUUUACUUAUCUGCUUUUUAGCUGCUUUUGUUUUGAAGUCUUGUGUGACUGAGACCCACAUUACAUGUGGGAGGAGCAGAUGAACAUUUUUAGUCAUGGAUCUGCUCCACACAUGAAAAGCAAGGGUUAGGAGUGCACUUAAAAAGACUAAAACUCCUCACAUCUGAUCUCCCCACAUCUCCCUGCAGUUAGUACUUAUACGUGCUUUUCUUCCAGCCAAGUUCUAGUGGCAGAAGUGAGUUUAACUGGCAGAAUAGUACUUGGGGACUACGGAACUGAGUGCAGGGAAAGGGUCUAAUAUGACCCCAUCUGUGCACCCCUUUGGCCUUUAUAUUAUGCCUCCUAUUUUAAACAUGGACUUUAAACAUGGAUGUGUGUGUAGACAUGGGUCUGCCUCAGUCAUGUAAUUGGAGACUUAUAGUGGAUGGCUGGUAACAUAAACAGAAGAUGCCAGGUGGGUUUUCUAGGAAAAAUAUGGAACAUGAUACACUAAACUGAUGUGGCAUUUGUUCCAAUCUAGUGAUCUUCUUUCAUGCAUGGAACAGCUGUUCUGCAUGUGCACUGCCAUACCUGAUCCCAUUGUAUGCAAGAAAACAAGCAUAGAUUUACUGUUUUGCCUCUGUGCACAUAAACUUGUGUGACAUCCAGUACAUGCAGGAAAUAGGAAAUCUCAUCUUUAUUUGUGGAGCAGAUCCACUUCCACAUUAACUACUCUUAUGCAUAUGCAAAUAGGUACAAUGAUGAUGCAGUACAGAAAGGCAGUCUGUCCUUUCUAGAUUUACUAGCUGUUUUUAAUGCAGGAGUGAAUGUAUGUCUAUCAAAGUAUCGCAUGGUCUACACAUACCAUUUAGGAAGGUCAGUCGGCCUCUAACCAAAUUUGAAACCACUGGUGUCUGUAGUUACAAGGUAUAAAAAGUAACCACAGCAAACUUCUUAAAAAAAUUUUUUUGCAGUUUAAUCUUGAGUAUAUUCAAGAGCAGAUCUCGAAACCUUUGUGUGAAUCUUGUUUUAGUGUGUGUCACUUUGAAUGUACACUCAGGUUGCAAAUGAUACUCAAAUUUUACAAACCUUCCCAUCCCUGCAUUGUAUGUGAGUGUUUCUGGAACUAGCCCAAAGUACAUUGCUAUGCAUUCUUAAACUUCUUACUAGGUCUUAGGCAAUGAUCUGUGAAUAACAUCAUUACAGGUCGAGUAUCCCUUAUCCGGACACCCGAAAUCCAGAAUGCUCUGAAAUCUGGACACCACGCUGUAACAAAAAAAUGGGGGGGGGGACACACCUCAGCUCACUUAAAAAAUUUAGUCAAGCUGCCUCCCUCAGGGUCGGGCCGUCUCACCGCCUGCACCUCCCGCCUCCUUCGCUCGCCUCUUCAGCUGUCCACCUCCUCGCCACCACCAUUAUUGUUCACCGCUGUAACUCUUGCGAGAGUUCCGCCUGUACCCUGUAAAUAGAAGACUCAAAAAUACGGAAAAGUCCAAAAUCCAGAACACUGCUGGUCCCAACCAGUCUGGAUAAGGGGUACUCGACCUGUACUCAUAAUCAAUCAGUUUGAGAUAUUUGAUGACAUUUUGAUAUGUCUUCAGGUGAGACCUUUUGAACUAAUAGGCACAAUUAAACUACUGGUUUAGCUGACAUUGUAUUUUUCAUGAUGAAAAGUGGCUGUGUCCGAUUCUGACCUUUGGAGAUGAAGCUAAAUUGGAAACAAUACUAUUACUUACUUUGAAUCCCACUGAAAGUCGUGACACCCUCUUCUAAUGUCAGCCUUCAUGUCACAUUUCCGUUCUUUUCACUUUUGUUCCUCAUCUCAUGAAACAAACCUUGGCAUGUUUUCUAUAGGUAGGUGCCCAAGCAAUCCAAAUGCCAUGUCAAGAAAGUUGUAAAUUCACAAUAAUUUUUUAUAUUUUACAAUUAUUUUAUUGUCUUGCGUAGCUUUCUGGUCUUGCUAGGGAGAGGUGCAAAUUAAUGCAAGGUACUUAAGCCUAGCCUCCAACCACUGGAAAUCUUAUUCAACCAGCUUCUGAGAUUUUCAGUCUUGCUCAAACACUUUUCUCUACAUAGCCUGAAGGACUGAGACCUUGCAUUUUAAAAAUGAAAGCAGAGAUCCUUGACAAACUGAAUUCCAUACUACAUUCUUUGUAUGUUCUGCUCUUCAGUGAAAUUGUGGCAUAUAGACAGUUCUGGUUCUAUUUGUUGAGAAGCUGUUGCACCUUCAAAGCUAAAUUCAGUUCUAAUGCAGAUGUAACACUUGUGUUUAGAGUGUUACCCACAGAGCAUAACAGAAUCUUGUUCUCUCACAGUAAUUUGUUGUGCUGUAAGAGCAUGUGUGCAUCUGACCAAAAUUGACUAAAGAUUAUGACUUAUUCUUCUGAUCAGUUACAACCCUAUUACAUUUUCCACCAAUGCUGCUAUAAGUUCUGUUACAAUAUAACCUGUUUUUCUUGCAGAAUCUCUCUGACAUUGAAAGAACAUUCUACAUGUUUCUUUUCCAAAACCUUGGUAGUGAAUUUUUUCCAAGCUUAAAUGGUGAGAAUGUCUGUGUUAGAGUAACAGCACAGAAAAUCCUUGGAACUAUGAGUACAUUGAAACAUGAUGGCCGCCUCUUUUUCUGUGUGGGACAGUAGCACACACAUGCAUCAAGCAGCCUCUGUGUGGCUAUCAUUGCAACAGGUUGAAUAUAAAGAUUGUAAAAGAACUUGCAGCAGAUUUAAUGUCCCAUGAAUUAUGUACCAUACUCUUAAUUCUGUCAUUUUUAUUGCUAUGCUUUGUAGAGGCUGCUGGGUUGUUUUGUUUUUGAAUAAUAACUACCGCAUAAUAUAUAGUCUGUGUGGCUAGUUGAUGUGUGAUAAACGUGGUUGUGUGUGUGGGAGUGAAGACAAGGAAUACAGAUACAAAGAAACAGUUUUGAAACUAUUGCUCUUAGAAAUGUAAAUGUAUAUGUAUCUGACCUAAUAGGAGAACAUUACUUUGUAGUAUCAUACACUUUAUAAAUAAAUACCUGUUAUUUUUAUAUGGAAAUUUUAUAUAAGAAUCUAUUUCUGUAUAUUUCAAGUGAUCCUGUAUUUUAUGAAAAUGCUACAAAUGAGGAUUGUGCAGAACAGGGCAAGAAUUUGCAUCUGAUUGAAAUGAAAAGCAUGUACACUCUGAAGAAAAACAACAUCCAGCUGUUUGUGACCUGAGAAGUAAAGCUAAACUGUAGAACAGAAUAAAAUAAUUUUAAAGACAA